UUCCAAAACGUCAAAAAUGUCAAAAUACUCAAGUGACACGUAACUUUACACAAAUCGUUUCAAUUUUGUGACCUCCAAAUGAGAAAAUUAUCAAAAAUAAACAAUACAAAACAUUAAAAAACCCAUAAAAAAUGACUGACAAAAGUUUCGGUGACCAUACCGACAAAAACAUAGUGAAAAAUCCACUUCUUUCAACCGCUGUUGUUGGGUUGUCCUAUGAAGAGUUGACACACAAUGCUGUUUUGCUGCCUGUCGCGCAAAACCCUGGGUUGAUUUCGAGCCAAGGGAGUUUGCCGCCAUUUUGGGAAGAUGGCCGACCUGUCAUCGUGACGUCUCGAGAUGCUCAAUCGGACCAACCGGAGAACGUCAACAAACCAUCGGGCGACGCGACACACGCCACACAACACAUUCCACAAGCCACACACACGGACAACACACCCCCAAAACAAAAGCCGAAAGACGAUUUUGAUGUGAACGAAUACUUCGCCAGACUCCAAGGCACUAGAUAUGUCAGCGCGCCGAUCAACACCGCCACAGAUCAAGUAGCGACCAUAGACGCGACAGAAGAGAACCUAGAAGAGAUUAAUCUUAAUGAGGCAGCUACAGAUGAGACACAACAGAGUAUAACGGCAGAUAUAGCUCAGAACUUCUCUCAGUUGCCAACAGUGUUGCCUCAAGUGGCCAGUGCUGUGUUUAGUUCGUUUUCCAGUAUGUUAAGCAUGAAGAGUCGAGAGCAGACUCCAGAUGUGGCGAGGGUGGUGACUGGCUACCAGGAUGUGGGGUUUGAGAGGAGCGAAGAGGUUGUGGUGAAAGACGCUGGGCUGCCGCCGAGGGAGAGUGUUGGUGGUGCCACUCAAUUCAGAAUAACCACGAAGAAGAAGGCCUACGCUCAAAUUCCCGGCUUAAGUACAGAAGGGCACAUACAGAACCCUGUGCCUCCACAGGGCUUCUCGCUACCGCCAUCUGCACCCCAGUAUUCCAACCAGCCGGCGUUUUUCACUCCUGCGCCGCAGGAUAAUGCAGCGUCAUUCAAUGUACAAAGCCAUACAAUGCCACCUAUGGCUCCAAACCACCCCACCCAGUUAAAUAUAUCUUCUAAUGUGACAAACAAAAGUCCAGCGUCUACGGUUUAUGCUUCAUCUUCGUCACAUAGCAUACCAAUGUUCACACCGUCAAUGACCACGCAAGCGGGCUCGCUAACUGCAAUAAACAAACAGGAGAAUGAUACGACCCUGUACUCUCCGCCUCAAGAGUUUAUGUCAAAAUCUGCAAGUGUCACGAUGUUCACACCACCUGUUAUGUCACAAAGUGGCAUGGAAAGUUCAGUAUUACCGGCCCAAACGGGAUCACACCCGGACGUCGUCCAGAUAGCAACGUCGCAACAUAAUUUAAUUAGUCCUCCACCGGCUGAUUUAGGGGCUAUAAGCCGACCUCAACCGCCAGGUCAAGCCAUUAUUCCACCGCCGACAAUGUUCUCCAAUAUUCCAAGGAGAGAAAGCACGACGGAUGUCAAGUCUGUUCUGCCACCGUCAGUUGCUAGAAGGAUAUCUGCAAAUCAACCGCUGAUGAAACCAACUUCGGCAGUGCCACCGUGCGGAGUUAACAUUUUUGUACCAUCAGCAGUUGGAGCUGAACAGACGCCCGCUGCCACUCCUCAGUCGUAUUCGCAAUCCGUGCCUCCGCCUGCAUUCUAUAAUUCAACCUCUGCAGUUUCACCACCGGAGCCACCUAAACCAAACGCGGUUAAUAUAUCUGGACCACCACAAAAUAUAUCUUACCCUCCAACGUUCUUCACUCCAUCGCAAUCCACUCCUAUAGAACCCCCCAAAGGUUUUUCAUCAAGUGCUUCAGAUUCCGGACCGCAGGCAGAAAACAACAGUAAUCUAAACCAGAACCCAUCAGGCGCUAUACCGCCACCCAUGUUUUUCAAUCCAGGAUCAGUUGCUACAUCUAUUGAGCCACCAAAUUCUGCAACUUAUUCAACCCCUAUGAACAUGGAGCCAGCAAAACCAGCCUUUGAUCCUAUUGCAUUCCUCGCGCAACAGCCACCCGAACCGCCAAAAGUGGUUUCAGAGCCACCCAAAAUGGCUUCAGGAAAUGUUAACUUUAGAAUGGCAAAGAAACGCCCUCAAUACUACGCUGGUCCAAUUGAAGGGGUUGGUGCUAUAAGCAAUAAUGUAAAGCCAGUAUUAGCUCCAGUUGAGACUGCAAACACAUACCAAGGUGCCUUAUUUACCCCACAAGCUGCUCAUCCUGAUAACCCUACACCCAGUCAAAGUCAGCCUUACCUACCACCAUCAGUGCCUUUUGAACAAGCCUCUGUACCAUUUGACAUCAGUAAACCAAGCAAUACCAAUAUCGUGGCAUCCGUUCCGUACGAUUUAUCACAGAACCAGUAUAAUGCUCCUCAACAGCAAUACAACACGUCUUUUGAUUUGAGCCGUCAAACAACUGAUACAUACGAACCACCCAGAGAGGAAGCUAAAGGAUUCAGAUUGAUUGGAUCGUUAAAGUCUAAGCUUAGCUCUAUAGAUAUCAAUAAAUUGCAAAACACAGUGACUACAUUCUUCGACCCUGCUUACAACUCUGAAAACUCUACAACUGAAAGCUAUCAACAGAACCAGGGCCAACAAAAUCCUGGGAUGGCACAAGACCAAAGUUGCUUCAGUAAUCUGGAGAUCUAUGUACCAUAUUCGGCUACUCCCACAUACUCUGGACCACCCCAACCUCAAAACGUCAUUGCCCAUAGUCAGACUUACGGUACUAAUCAGUAUUACCCUAAUACGCAAGAGCAUACGUAUGAAAAUGUGACCUAUCCCAUCACAAACUACCCUCAAGGAGAAACAAAUCAAAUACAAGAUAAUGUCCAAGGCAGUCAACAACAAACAUCUAACGAUCUUAUCAAUAUUUUCCCAUAUACUCAAGAAGCUGGUCAAAAUCCUUUACAAAGCAUUCCGACUCAACAUUAUUUCGUCAACCAACAAGUGACUAACGAAAAUCGUGGAUUCAUGACAGGGUUUAACACUUCCAAUCAGCAAACUUCAAGUUAUUUCUCUGAGCCUGCGAUAUCUAACAUCAACUUACAAAAUCAAACUACCACAACCCCAGCUUCAAGUAUUGAAGGAACAUUUUAUGGUGAUCGUAGUGACGCAAUUAUUGCUGAGAAUUUGAAUCGUAAUAUUGAGCAAUUGAAUACAAUUAAUACGGCUGAUUUCAAUGUAGAUGAUAAAGAAGACAACUCAAAAGAUUUAGAAGUUACACCUGUAGAGCAGCAAUCAGCAACGGAUAUUAUACCUCCUCCUACUUUCGGCAUUUCGUCAGUAGUGGGUUUCAAUCGUCAGGAAAUGAAUGAGUUACAGUUGAAAACUGACAAUGCGGCGGCUGGCUUCUAUGGACCUGAUACUGACAAUAGUUUCGGUAAAAAGAACAGUGCUACUUUCUUUGACGACAUCGACAGAUCUGUUAAAGACAUAGUGAAUGAUGACAAAACUGAUGAGUGCCAAAAUCAACAUGAUGAUGGUAUUAAUAUCUGUGAAACUUGUAGAGAAGUAAACCAGCCUGAAAAGGGGGACGCAGAUUUCACGUCUCAAUUAAUAGAAAAUAUUACAUCUCCGAUCCAAUUGUCUAAUCCUGUCGAAGUGCCUUUUACUGAAAAUAACACCUACGAAGAUAGUAGGAGAGACUUUUUCAAUAAUCAACGCAGUGAGUUUGCUGAAGAUACUGCGAAGGGAAAUCAGGAGUUAAUAAACCCACUGGAUGCGAAUAAGUAUGAUCAAAUACUCAACUACAAUAUAGACAAAUCAGAAGUUAGAAACUACGGAUGGUGCACAAAUAAAUCACAGGAACCAGAUUCAAAUGUGCAGAUAGACCAUGACUACAGUUUCCAACCAGAUCCUAAUUCUAUUGGAUUUUUCAGUAAUAAUUCAUUAUUUUUCGACAACAUACUGACUAAUGCGAGUGAUGAAAUUAAAGCUGAACUAAAAAAUGCACAUGAUGAAUCGCCAACUAACAUCACAAGACAAGCAAGUAUACCGACUGCUCCGCCUGCAGAAGAUUUGGAUGACAGCAAAUCUGACGAAACUGGUGGAUUAGAUGUUCAACUUAUUGAACAAGAUGCAAAGCAAGACUUCCCCGAUUUCGAAGAGUUCGUAAUCGAACCUUCUGAAACAGACGAUGAUAAAAUCGAAGUGAAAGAAAGAGAGAGAACUUCUGAAGAUCCCAUCGAAGGCAUUGAUAGUUUCACGAAUAGAGUUGAAAAGUUUAAACACUUGGGAGAGUCUGAGACUGAUUUAGUUAAGAAACCAAUUCUUGAGGUACCUACAUCAAUUAGCCCAGCUAUUACUAUCGCAUCUUACUUUGACACGGGAAAUUACGCAGCGGAAACUCAUUACAGAAACUCUCUCACAUCACCUUCCUCGGUUAACGCUUUCCUUGGGUCUCCCAACCAGAGUUCGUCAUCUAUACACACUGUUUUAUCGCCAAAUAAUACCGAUAAUAUUUUCAAAGCUGAAAAACCUUUUGAAGCUUCUUUAAUAACACCAGAUCCAUCAGCACCUUUCUACCCAGAUGAUAUAAGGAAUCCUCGUAUUCCUGAAACUACUACUCAGACACCCACUACCUGCACUGUAUCAUAUGGUCAUACUGAAUUAACCAGUAGUGUGACAUAUGGCUCUAGUAGCCUCAUGACCUCUGCAACAUUCGGCAGCUCUAAAGACAUUAUGAAAGCUGAAGAAAUAGCCAUCGGCGCAGAAUUACCUGAUGCUCAUUUAGCUGAUUUGAUUAAAGAUAUUAAAUUAUGUGAAGAAACGCCGAUGAAACUGCCAGCGUUUGCAAGUGAUUUUCAGAAUAAGUUUUUAGUUGACACCGAAGAACAAACAGAAAUGAAAGAGGUUGAAAGGGCACAUGACAAACCUGCAUUUAAUGUUUCUACAAAUUUACAACCAGUUUUAGACGUGCCUAAAAUGGCUCAGACUCCAAUAGCUCCAACCAACCUGCCAGAUCCGAAAAAUUUCUUCUCUUCAGCUGUAGAAGCUAAAACUGAAAAUACCUCGUCUGAUGCAGGCUGCAAUAGAUUAGCUAGCUAUUUUGCUACCCCAGCCAAAAACACAGAUCACACGAAGUCUUUUUUUGAGUUAAGCCAGAGUCAAGACCACCUUAGGAAAGAAGAUAGCCAAAACCGACGCUGGGAAAACACUCAAAGUGAUAAAAGCUUUUUCGAUGAAAAAGAAGAAACGGAGGAACCUAGUAAACCAGAUCCAAAAGUUCACAAAACGUUUUUCGAACUAAGUAAAAAUAAAGACCAGCAGAAAGUGCAAGCGACCGCAGAAAAUAAAGCCAAUAUAAAUGAAGAAGAUAGCUAUAACAGACGUUGGGAAAACACGCAAAGUGAUAAAAGUUUUUUUAAAGAAACACCAGAAGUUCAAGAACCUAUCAAACCCAAACCAAACAACAAAAUGUUCUUUGAACUAAAUCAAAAUAAAGAUCAGCAAAAAGCUCAAGCGACCGCCGAGUACAAUGCUGAUAUAAAUUUUAUGAAAAACUUGACAUCAUUAGACAAUUACGUACCGAAUCAGGAACAGGUAGUUAGGACUGUAAAUUACUUCACCAUAGAAUAUGAUAACAGCUUUAUAGAUAGAACCAUUCCUGAAGAUUUAAAAUUCGCGCAUUCGAACGGCGAUGGUAUAGUAGAAUACGCAGAUUACAAAAGCGAAACAGUUAAUAACACAAAUACAGAACUAGAGGAAACGACAAUAAAUUACACGGAAGACGAAAGAAUAAUAGUAAAUUGUAAACAAUGUUGUAAAUUUAUUUCAAAUAGGGUUGAAAACGUUGCUAAAAUUAACGUAAACAGUGAAGAAGGAAGGGUUAAAAAGGGGGUGAACGAAGUGGACAGUGCUAAGGGGCCAGGCGAUAUGAGUAAUAGUGCUAAUAUAGAUGCAGUGGCGGGAAAACCCGCUAAUGACAGCUUUGAUCUCACCAUGGAAGACAACGGAGACGAAACCCUCGAUAUGAUGAAUGAUGCGCGUUCGCAAGCGGAAUACAGUCCGGUGAAGCACCACUGGUUCUACCGAGUGGACCUGGACGGCAAGUCCACGUGGAAGGGGUUCUCUGUGGCCGACUCGAGGAGCUUGGAGCGGGCGUUUAAUAGCCCGGACCUGAAUGAGUCGACAGUGGUGCCAACUGACGGCGGUCGCUUCGACGUCAACGUCAUGGGACGUCUGCGAGUCGCCGUGUACUGGUCCGAUAAACCUACCAAUGUUAGAAGAUGCAGUUGGUUCUACAAGGGAACUACCGACUCGAGAUAUGUGCCUUACUCGGAAUCUAUAGCUGAGAAAUUAGAAGAAGAGUACCGCCUAGCGGCCACGACGGGAGUCUGGCACAGGCGCCUGUCUCUGCCCAACAGGGAGCUGGUGGUGCUGCACGGGCCCGCCGUGAUGGCGCACCUGCAGCCCGGCGCCGCCGACGCGUGGACCACGCCCGCGCAGUCCACAUCGCGCCCGCGCGUGGUGCGGCGCGGCUGCGAGGAGUCGGAGCUGGAGGACGACGAGCCGACCAGCAUCGACCACCUGCUGCUGCUGUGCCACGGCGUGGGGUCGGCUUGUGACAUGAGGUUCCGGGGCGUCGAGGAAGUCGUGGAUGACUUCAGAGCCACCAGCAUGCAGCUGAUCCAGGGUCACUACAGGUCUUCCUACGAGAAUGGGACCAUCGGCCGUAUUGAGGUGCUCCCCAUAUCCUGGCACUCCACCCUCCACUCGGGCGACAGCGGCGUGGACCGGCGCCUCGCUCGCAUCACUUUAGACUCCAUACCGCGUCUGCGCUCGUUCACGAAUGACACUGUGCUGGAUGUGCUGUUUUAUACGAGCCCUAUGUACUGUCAGACAAUAAUAGACACGGUGUGCAAGGAGAUCAACCGCAUCUACGAGUUGUUCAAGUCUCGAAACCCCGGCUUCACCGGCGGAGUGUCACUAGGCGGACAUUCGCUCGGCAGCGUCAUUCUGUACGACUUGCUGUGCCAUCAGGUUGAUGAGACGUCGCCCACCUCGCCUGCCAAGACCCUCCUGGGCGGCGCCGGGGCGGGCCCGCCCAGCAUCACGUACCCGGCGCUGCACUUCCGCCCCGCCGCGCUGUACGCACUGGGGAGCCCUAUAGCCAUGUUCGAGUGCAUCCGCGGCGUCGAGCACCUCGGGCCGGAGUUCCGGCUGCCGACCUGCCCGCGCCUCUUCAACAUCUUCCACCCCUACGACCCCGUCGCGUACAGGAUCGAGCCGCUGAUAAACCCGCAGCUGAAGGAGGUGCCCCCCUCCCUCAUCCCGCACCACAAGGGACGGAAGCGGAUGCAUCUCGAGCUAAAAGAGACGGUGGCGCGCGUGGGGGCGGACUUAAAGCAGAAACUAGUUGAGUCCAUCAAGUCGACCUGGGCCAGCGUGUGGAGGACGCCGCCGCCCAACACGCUGCUGCUAGAGAAGGUGGUGGAAGAAGAGCUGGAGAAGGAGGUGAACAAGGAGGAGGAGGCGAUCGACACGCCGCCCGCCUCGCCCGCGCCCGUCGAUGUGUCCCAGCUCCUGGGUGCGCUGAACGGCGGCGCGCGCGUGGACCACGUGCUGCAGGAGGCGCCCUUCGAGAUGAUCAACGAGUACCUGUUCGCCAUGAGCAGCCACGUGGGCUACUGGGAGUCUGAAGACACGAUGCUCCUCAUGCUGCGUGAGAUGUACUCGUCUCUGGGCGUGCGGCCCGACGGCUCCGCGCCGCCGCCCUCCAUGCAGCUGCAGCGCGCCCGCCCGCCCACGGAGGAGGAGAGAGCGUUUGCUACUACUGAAGAUGCGUCAACCAGUGGCGAUGGGGUCUAAUUAAAGAAGUACAUAUUGGAUGCUUAUAUAUAAUAUAAAUAAUUAAUAACAUAAAAUCUUAAGUUUAUGGUUGUAAAAAUAAGUUAUAUUUUUUAAAUUAAUCAAAAAUGCUAAAGUAGGCAUUAAUGUAACCUAACUAAUAUAAAGCGAUGAAGUUAUUUAUUGCAAGUGCAGUUUAAAAUAAAUUUUAGUUUUAUAUACAUACAGUCUUAAUUUAAUACUUAUUUUAAAUAUGUUUAUUUGGGGGUCCAGUAGUUUGCAAAAUUCUGUUGUUCUUGCGCUGUUUUCGUUUACAAACUUAUUUAUUCAUUUUGGAAAUUCAUUAAAAUGUUGUUGGAAAUAAAGUUUAUAUAUUUUAGUAUA